AUGAAGCGGCCAGCAACAGAAGACGCAGAGUCUACGCCUCCACGUACGCGUAGACGUGUAGCGCCAGAUUCAAAUCCAAAGCUGUCUUAUUCCCCAAGCCCAACACCGCACGCCGUCCGUGACGAGUCCCGCAAGCUCUCAAACGGCCCAAUUUCACUUCCCACAUCUCUACUCCUUGAAAAUGGCCGUUUAUUUGUCCCAGACUCGGGCAUAAACCCGUUGAAGCGCACAACUCACACCACAAACCCGGUCUCCACCACGGCCUCUGUCCGAGUUGCGUUGGACAACGAAGCACAAUACGUGCUUAACCAAGGUUCUGACACUCCCAUGGAGGACCCCGAACGCCCAAACUCUGCCCCAGUCCCUGCACCUCCUGCACGCCGUCCUCUCCCUCGCUUGAAAAUAAAGCCACUGAGGGAGCCUACACCAUCAUCUGAAGACGAAAAGCACGAUUCCGUACCGGGAACACCCACCAAAAACUCGAAUCCCCCUCCACCGGCCUCGCCCUCUUACGAUGACGACGAAACGGAAGAGCGCGAACUGCACUCGGUGGUCAUCGUCAAACCCUCGAGAGAUAAUCAGAAUAUGCUCUCGGUCGAUCUUUCAAAGCUCCCACCCUCGCCCACCGCAGUCGCCGACUUGCAGGAGCCCGAGCACCGUAUGCCAACACCCCCAUUUUUUGUGCAAAACUUUCAUGAUCAGAGCAAUACUCCCUUUGAGCCGGAUCGUAGCGCCAUCGCCGAGAGCGAACCCAAUGCGAAUACGUACAUCCGCAAAGCAAAAUUCCAACGUGUCAAAAAGGGAAAGAAGCCCUCAAACAACAUUUGGGUGUUCAGUGCAAAGGAUGGAUAUCCUAGAGGAGAAACGCCCCCACUGGACAUGAUGCUUGACGAUGUCGUGGGCCCCAUUGACCCAGUCGCGCUCGGCUUAGUCAUGCCACCUGUCCUUGAAAAGAACGAUAGUGAUGACUUUAGUGAUGAAGAAGAGGCAGAGGUCGCUCGAGACCCGGGGCUGCCUGUUACGCUCGCCGUCGGUCUCGACGCAAAGGGACGCUUUGUCUGCAAAUGGGGAGGAUGCGACAAAACAUUUGCACGAAAUGAUCAUCUGGGUCGUCAUGUCAAGGUGACGCAUCUUCGAGUGCGAAAACACCGCUGCGAGCCGUGUGGCCUAGCCUUUAUUGGCAUCAAGGGGCUUAGAACGCAUGAAAAGACCCACGAUCCAUCUAAAAUGAAGGCCAUCACCUCAACCGCACCAAAUCCUACAGUCGACGACGGCAAGAAUACCCGUGAGGGUUCCGAGCCCGCAUCCGACUCGCACUUUGAUUCUCUAGACGAUGAGACUUCCCUUCGAACUCCUGAGCUUCCUGUCGAUCUGCCCUUGGACCCCGAAGAGGAAGAACCAGAACUAGAGGAUGACUGA